UUGCCAAAAUAUCUUACAGCCCCUAUCUGUAAUCAAACCUAAAAGCCAAGGGCAUUAUUUCGGCAAUAUCUAUCUCUUCCCCGCUCUAUAAAUCCAUCUGCGCUCUUCCUUCCCUUCUCGCUCUCACCUUAUCAACAAGUCGAGAGCCAUGGCGGCCUCCACCCUUGUUCUCCCCUCUCUCUCCACCAAAAUCCCCUCUAUCUCCACCAAACCCAAAACCCUAAUACUAGCUUUCUCCGUCUCCUCCCCUAAACCCUUUCCCUCCGUUAAACCCCUCUCUGUUUUUUCCUCUUCUUCUUAUCCUUCCCCUCUUCGACGAAACGCCCGAACUGUUGGCUCGGGUAUCGUCCGCAACGUCGCUUUGUCGUCGGAGAUCGAGCCAGAAGAGGAGUUGGCAUCGGGCGGGGAGGUGACGGACUUCUCUCCCGACCUGAAGCUCUUCGUCGGGAACCUUCCCUUUAGCGUCGACAGCGCCCAGCUCGCCGGCCUCUUCCAGAGCGCUGGAAAUGUCGAGAUGGUCGAGGUUAUAUAUGACAAACUAACGGGAAAAAGCCGAGGAUUUGGGUUUGUGACAAUGUCUACAGUCGAGGAAGUUGAAGCAGCUGUUCAGCAGUUUAAUGGCUAUACACUUGAAGGGAGGAUGUUGAGGGUGAACUCAGGACCACCGCCUCCUAAAGAUGAGCUUUCAUCAAAAGGAUUUCGAACUGGAGGAAGUUUUGAUGCUGCCAACAGAGUUUAUGUGGGUAAUCUUGCAUGGGGUGUUGACAAUUUAGCACUUGAGACGCUCUUCAGUGAACAAGGGAAGGUUAUGGAGGCCAAGGUUGUGUAUGAUAGGGAAACUGGCAGAUCAAGGGGCUUUGGUUUUGUCACUUACAGCAAUGCUGAGGAGGUCAAUAAUGCUAUAGCCUCACUUAAUGGUGUUGACUUGGAUGGCAGAUCUAUCCGGGUGACUCUGGCAGAAGCGAGGCCUAGGCGCCAGUUUUGAUCCUCAAAUAUCUUUUUUGGGUUGGAAAUAACCUCGAUAUUCUUCUCAGGCAAAAAUGGCUUCUGCAUUGAAAUCUCGUAGCAGAUAAUUUCCAGGGGAAGGCUUGGGCAACGAUGGAGUUACCCAUGUAUCAUGUUUAGCUUAAACAAUAGCUUGCAUCCUCUUUUUUUUUUUCCUUUCCCUCCCUCAACAACAACUUGCCUACAUUUUGUUUUUGCAAUGUUUGUAUCAUUGGAAAUUCCCUGAACAGCUUGGUUGUUUAUUUUCAAGAUCCUUUUUGUGGUUAUUGCUUAUGGAACCAAA